GGCGCGUAGUUGAAAUUUUACAGUACCACAUGACAAGCUCAUUUCCUGGAGAAUCUCAAGAUCAUCUUAUCCUCGAUGAGGAGGAAUAUAUAGAGUAUUUAAGAGCUCAGCGAAGAGCUCAUAGGGCUGGAGAAGGAAACCGCUUUGGCAAUUUAGACGAUGACGAUUUUGACGAUGCUGCACCACAACUACCACCUAUUCCGGAUAUGCGCUUUGAACAUCAAGUCAACCGUUCAAUAGAAGCCUUGCAACAAAAAAACGCUUCUAACCUUCACAUCUUUCUUUCUGUGAUUGUUAAAGACCAGGUUGUUAUGCCCUUUCUCAAUGGUUUCUUCUGGGGUAUAGGUGCACUUGCCUUACGUUGGUACCGUUACCGCCCAAAGCAUGGAACUGCGCAGUCUAAAGGAAACGGAUUUUGGCGUGGUGUGGGCCAUAAGGUGAAUACGUCUAUUCGGUAAGUUACAUUCUAUGAGGAUUUAUAGACAGAUCUUGGAUGUAGGACUAACAUUGUUAUUAUCAACUUGCCACUGUUCAGAAAUGCAUACCACUCCUUGGUCCACCUUCCUUCAUUGAUUGGUCAAUCCGAAACCUCUGAAUGAUCUAUAGAAAUAAAUGUAAUAUACCUUUGAAAUUAAAUGAUAGCCUACUGGCAACAGUCGAUGAAUGUGCUGACGG